AUGGCAAAAGCCAAAGGCAAGAAGGAAGCUAAGAAUCCCAAGAACUCUCAGAGCCAUAUUCGAGCACGGCUGGAUUAUCUACACCAAGCCGCCGCAUAUUUCCAGGGCAAAUCUACACUCGCCAAGCGUCAGAACGCCCAAAUUCACGGCAAUGAAGAGAACUCUGUUGCUAGUCAUGUCAGCUCAGGGGGAGAUGGUCAUAUGGUAGAUACCAAUCAAAAAGUCUGCUCCAUCAAUCAAAAGGAGACUCAAGAGCCAUUGAGAAACCUCUCAAGGGUAUGUGUAUCACAUUUACGCGCCGUUGCAAUGAAAACGCAGAUUCGGCUUCCGGUCACAUUGAAAAGAUCAGUUUGCAAGCGCUGUGAUACCCUCUUAACGCCGGGAGUGACUUGUUCGCAUGAAACCAGAAAUGCAAGUCGUGGCGGCAAGAAGCCAUGGGCCGAUGUAUUGGUCGUCAAGUGCCUGUCAUGCGGGACUGAAAAACGAUUCCCCCAGACGGCGAAACGUGGGAAAAAGCUCGUUCAACGACGCAAGGAGAAAGAUUUGGCCUUGUUACGCAAUGUGAAUGCACCCAAUGUUGAUACCUCGGCGGCCUCGCAGAGAGAAGCAGUCAAAUUACGUGAAGAGGACGUAGCUAUGUUGGAUGCUGGGGAUGUCCCGGUGACAUGA